AUGGAACACGUAGCUUCUGAAAAAGGAGAUACUGCAGAAAAUCUUGAUCCAAAUUCUAUAGCGAAUGGCAGCUCGAAAAGUGAUACAGAAAAUAAACCAUGUGUUGAUAAUGGAAAACCACAUAAUGAAGCUCCCACUGAGAUUGCUGCGUGCAGUUCAGAAUCUACAGAAGACUCAGUAUUGUGUGAGAUCCCAGAGCAAAUCGAAUUUACCGUAGUUUUUAACAAAAGUAGACAUGACAUCACAUUCGCAUAUGAUGCUACUGUAUUAGAACUUAAGGCACACUUAGAGAGGAUAUGCGGCGUUCCACAAUCAGCUCAAAAAUUAAUAAUUAAAGGCAUGGCCCGCGAUAAUGUAACGCUAAGGAAUGCUGGAAUAGUUAAGGGUGGCAAGGUCAUGCUUGUUGGAUCUAAAAUGGAUGACAUAUUGGCUGUGAAGAGUGCACCAAAGGAAAUUUUGGAAGAAAAAAAUAGUAGUCAGACAAAUAAGGAGCCUUUAUGCAUGCAAAAGAUUCAUAGGAAAGUUCUUGAUAAAGGAAUCCCUCCAGAUGUAAUGCCAGGAAUCAAAGGUGUUAAGGAACCACUUCCACCAGUGCCAUUAAGUGGGAUGUUAAAUAAACAUGGAGGAAAAGUGAGGCUCACUUUUAAACCAGAACAGGAUCAACUGUGGCUGGGAACCAAAGAGCGUACUGAAAAACUUGCCAUGACAUCUAUUAAAAGUAUAACAUCUGAACCCAUCAAGGAUCAUGAAGAAUAUCAUAUCAUGGGUCUACAACUUGGCCCUACAGAGGGAUCCAGAUAUUGGGUGUACUGGGUCCCUGCACAAUACAUAGAAGCCAUAAAAGAUGCAGUAUUUGGAGUGUGGCAGUUUUUC